AUGAUUAAGUUCCAGGAAGGCGUGACCUUCAAGGACGUGGCUGUGGUCUUCACGGAGGAGGAGCUGGCAUUGUUGGACAAGGCCCAGAUCAACCUGUACCGCGAUGUGAUGCUGGAGAACUUCAGGAACCUCAUCUCAGUGGGAGACGAGAUUAAAAAGAACAUUUCGAAUCUUCAGGAAAAAGGGUUGAGUUACCUCCUGCAAGAAGUGCUCUACUGUUGGCAGAUUUGGACACAAAGGAUCAGUGAAUUAACUGUGGGUCAGGAUUCUGUCACCAGUCUUCAAGGAGAUUGUCCCCAAUAUUUAGAAGGAGAUGUCUCCCUCUGUGAAGAGUGGGCAGGAGCAUCUCUUCAGAUUUGUGAAAAUGAAAACUAUGUAACAAAUGCCGUUAAUUUAGAAAACCAAGAUGGCGCGGCUUGGAAGGGCCCGACACAGACCCCAGAAUCUUGGAGGAAAGCCGUCAUAAUGACUGAGCCCCAGAAAUCUCAGGGAAGAUGUAAGAGAAUUCCUGUGGAAGAGACAUCGUAUGGAUGUGCUCGGUGUGAUGACAGCUUCAAUCGGACCUCACGUGAUCUAGGUGAUUCCCAAGAAUGUAAAGGAGACGAAUCUUGUACAUACACCGCCUGUGGGGAAAACUUGGUUAUGAAAUCAGCAGUCCAACAACAUACUGUGGUCCACGCAGUCUCACAACCUUUGAAAUGUAAUAACUAUGGAAUGGGCUUCAUAGAGGAUACAAAUCCUCAUGGUCAUCAUGGUGCUCAUAUAGGAGAAAAAUCUCAUAAAUGUGAUCAGUGUAGAGAAGACUUUAGUCAAAGCUCAGAUGUUAUUGCUCAUUAUCAAACCCACUCAGAUGAGAAGCCGUAUGAAUGUCAGGAGAGGGCUGAGGGCUGUAAACAGAGCUCAGACCUUCCCAAAUAUCAGAAGGGCGCCUUGGGAGACAAACCCUAUAGCUGCAUUAAAUGUGGCAAGGGCUUCAGGCGCAUCUCCUCUCUUCACAUCCAUCACCGCGUCCCCACGGGGGAGAUGCCCUACAGAUGUGAGGUGUGUGGGAAGGGGUUUGGGUUCAGGUCCCUUCUUUGUAUUCAUCAGGGAGUGCACACCGGGAAGAAGCCCUAUAAAUGUGAGGAGUGUGGGAAGGGCUUUGACCAGAGCUCCAAUCUGCUCGUCCAUCAGAGAGUCCACACAGGGGAGAAACCUUACAAAUGCAGCGAGUGUGGCAAACACUAGUCGAGCUCCGUGCUUCAAGUCCACUGGAGGUUGCACACGGGGGAGAAGCCUUAUAGGUGUGGGGAGUGUGGAAAGGGCUUCAGCCAGAGUGCCCAUCUUCACAUCCACCGGAGGGUCCACACCGGGGAGAAACCCUACCAGUGCGGUGUGUGUGGAAAGACGUUUGCAUACAGUUCAGUCCUUCACACUCAUCAGAGAGUUCACACAGGAGAGAAACCAUAUAAAUGUGGUGAGUGUGGUAAGGGCUUCAGUUGGAACUCAGAUCUUCACGUUCAUCUCCAAGUCCACACGGGAGAGCGGCCCUGUAAGUGUAAAGAAUGCGGCAAGGGCUUCAGCCGUAACUCGGAUCUCCUUGCUCAUCAGAGAGCGCAUAUGGAUGAGAUGCAGUAUCCACGUCGUGAGCAUGGCGAGGGUUUUCGUCAUAGCUCAGACCUUACUCGUCAAAGACUGCACAAAAGGACAGAAGCAUUAUAA